AUGAAUUCCAAAACUAACUGUGAAGCUAACGCAGUACCCGAAAUCCCAGGAUUCAAGUUUAUCCCCAGAAUCCCAAAAGACAGGAAGCAAGUCAUUCUCAUCUCCUCAGUGUUGGUGCUUCUGACAGCAGUAAUUAUUGCAGCCAUUCUCAUUGGAGUGUAUAUUACUCAGGAAUACACUGAAAGGAUAAUCAAAACCAUCAGCAAUGGAAAGGACGGUCAGACCGUAGAGCGGACCAUGAUGGUGAACAACCAGGAAAGAGUGGCUGCAUUUUUUAUCAAGGCCAAUAAGACUUCAGCAACAGUUGUCUAUGACUACAAACAUCAUCUGAUUGGCAUCCGAAUUAAGGAUCAAAAACAAUGCUCAGUAGUGGCAAUGGAUUCAAUUGACGUUCCCAGUUUAAAUGAAAUCACCCACAGAAUUGAACAGCUUGAUGAACAGGUUUCAGAAAACAACAGCUUGGUCUACAGCUUCAAGAAGGGAAAGCUAGCUGUUCGCACCACUCUUGGAACAACUAUAAAUAUCCUUUGUGGUGAUAUCCCUAUCUACUGGGCUGAGAAACAAGAGAAGGAAUUGCGAAUCACCCUUUGCGUAAUUUCGAUUAUCAGUAUUUGCAUCAAGAUACUUUAAACCCAUUCAUACUUCCAUGUGUUUCUACCUUGGCCAUUCCUUAUAUGUAAAAGUCCAUAAUUCUUGGUAUCAUACUAAUUUCCAAACACAAUAGUGCCAGAAGAACAGGUGCAUCCUUGUCAUUCAGUGAUUCCUCUUCAUUGACAUUAAUUUCCUCAAUGGAAAAAAAAAUAGUCCAGUUGCCUUUUGAAGAAGCAUCUUUGAGACUACUGACAUUAACAAUAAUCUGGUGAAUUUCAUUCCUAAAAGAUGGAGAAUAAAAGACAGUCUUGAAGUCCA